AAGAUAAUGAAGAAAACAAAAUGAGUUCGACUUAUGGUCAAAUGAAUAAAAAAGGAAUUUUGUUAAUUGAAUUGUAUGACACUGGCAUUGGUAUGAAUCCUAAAUUUAUGCAACAUGCCUGGAAAAGUUUUUCACGAGGUGAUAUGUCAAUAACCAGGAAACAAGAUGGUACAGGACUUGGCCUCUCAAUUUGUAAAAUGCUAGUAGAAAUUAAUGGAGGAGAAAUUAAAGCAGAAAGCCAGUUAGGAAAAAGAAGCAAAUUUUGGUUUACAUGGAACAUUGAAUUAUUAUCAUCGAUAACACCAACUAUUUCAUCGUCGAUAACACCAACUAUUUCAAAAUUCCAAACUUCCUCAUUAUUCGAGACACAAUUUGAUAAGCAAAUAAAUUAUACAUUACCUAAUUUUAUAAGAAAAAAACGAAUACUAAUAAUUCAUCCAGUCAAAAAUAUGAGAAAUUCAAUGUUAAAGUAUUUUAAAAUUGUUGAAAAAGUUGAUGCAUUCGAUACCUUUAAUGAAGGGGUUAAAGCUGCACAAACAUGCAAAGAACUGUAUAAUCAAUCUGCUUAUGACAUAGCAUUCAUCGGUCUUUAUGAAGAUAAUGAAGAAGAGGUCUUAAAUGCUGUAUUAGAGUUAAAAUCAUUAGAUAUAGAUAUGUUUCCGAGUAAUGAAGGAAAUGGGUUGGCUAGGAAAUUGAUUAGAAAGCUUGGGAGAAUCACCUCUGUUAUUUACACUCCAAUUACAUUAAAAAAGUUAAUUAAUCAAAUUAUUCAUCUGGAAAAACACAUUGCUACUGAUAAAAACAAUCCAAAUUUACAGACCAAUGAAAGUAAUGAUUCAAGUAUUCUAAGGCGAGUAGCUGACUAUGAGCUUUAUAAGAUUGGAGAUGCAAACCAAGAUGUGUAUGAGGAUGUAACCGAAAGAUAUUUUGAGAAGAAGUGUAUUUUAUGUGUGAACACAUUGCAACAAAUUUCAAAACUUGGUUAUUCAACAAUCUCUGCGGCAAAUGGUCAAGAGGCGAUCGAAUUGAUUGAUUCUGAAGUUAAAUUAUUAAGAAAUUUGUACUCGAGUUCAUCUAAUUCAGAAAUAAAUCAAAUAAAAUCUUGCAGAAUAUCACUAAUAUUAACUGAAUGUAAUUUGCCGAUAAUGUCAGGGUUUGAUAUUUCACGAGCAAUUAGAGCAAUGAGACCACCAAUUUCUAAUACACCGAUCAUUGCCCUAACUACUUUAUCGGUGGAAGAAAUACAAAAUGAAUGUAUCAAGUCAGGUAUAAAUGAUUAUCUUGCCAAACCACUGAAAACCGAUGAACUUGAAAAAAUUUUAAAUAAGUGGAUUG